GAACCGUGAUGAAGCUCCUGUGCGGUGGAUCCAUGACGUCCCUCUUGCUCUUCUGCUCCAUACCAGUCUGCCUUGCAGCUCAUGGUCGCUUUGCCCAGAAGCUGCUGACAGACUUGUUUUCCAACUACACCAACGCUCUGCGGCCCGUGGAGGACACGGAUUACAUCAUUAACGUCACGCUACAGAUCACACUCUCCCAGAUCAUCGACAUGGACGAGAGGAACCAGAUUCUGUCCACCUACCUGUGGGUCCGCCAGGUGUGGAUGGACGCCUUUCUCACCUGGAAGAAGGAAGACUACGACGGCCUCGACACCAUCCGAAUCCCCAGCAGCUACGUGUGGAGGCCCGACAUCGUCCUGUACAACAGUGCUGAUGAUGAGUUCUCCAGCUCGAUGGAGACCAACGUGGUCCUGCGCCACGAUGGUCAGGUGAUGUGGGACCAGCCAGCCAUCACCAAAAGUUCUUGCUCCGUGGAUGUGGCCUUCUUCCCCUUUGACGUGCAGCAGUGCCACCUUACCUUCGGCUCCUGGACUCACAAUGGAAACCAGAUGGACCUCUUCAACGCCCUGGACAGUGCUGACCUAGCUGACUUUGUCCCCAACGUGGAGUGGGAGGUUCUGGGCAUGCCAGCGAAGAAGAACGUGAUCCUGUACGGCUGCUGCUCAGACCCCUACCCAGACAUCACCUUCACCCUGCACCUGAAGAGACGCGCCUCCUUUUACAUCUUCAACCUGCUCAUUCCCUGCAUGAUGAUAUCCUUUCUGGCCCCGCUGGGUUUCUACCUUCCGGCAGACUCGGGCGAGAAGGUGUCUCUGGGCGUCACGGUGCUGCUCGCCCUCACCGUCUUCCAGCUGCUGGUGGCUGAGAGCAUGCCGCCGUCUGAGAGUGUCCCAUUGAUCGGAAAGUACUACAUCGCCACCAUGACCAUGGUUACCGCCUCCACGGCGAUCACCAUCUUCAUCAUGAACAUCCACCACUGUGGCGCCGAGGCCCGUCCCGUCCCCAUGUGGGCCCAGCGGUUCAUUUUGAACCACCUGGCGCGCCUGUGCUUCGUCUCGGAGGUGGGAGAAAACUGUCUGACUUCAUGCAGCAGGAAGAAACAGCGCCUCCCGCAGGACGAGGCCGACGCCCCGCCCUCAGGCAUGGCUGACAAGGGAGCGAACUGGGAGGUGAACGGGCGGGCGUGGGGGGGGCGGGUGGAGCCCGCGGCCUGGAGGGAGGACCUUCUGGUGAGCGUCGACCACUCGGAGGAGAGCGGAGCCGCGGGGGGGCGGGAGCAGGAGACGGGUGAGGGAGGGGGCGGAGCCGGCAGGAGGGAGGGGCACCUCCGGUGUGUGUGUCAGAAUCAGGGCGUGCGCGGCGAUGUGGAGUACAUCGCUGACUGCUACCACGAGCAGCGGGUGGCGCAGGUGCGCAUCAGCGAGUGGAGGAAAGUGGCCAAGGUGAUGGAUCGCUUCUUCAUGUGGCUCUUCUUCAUCAUGUUCUUCAUCAUGAGCAUCCUCAUUCUGGGAAAAGCCAUCUGACCGCCUCAAGACCAAGACCUUAAACAAACACUGAAACCAUGACUUCACGCUUUUUUAUU